AUGGCAGCGAUUCAGCUCACCGUCUCGGCCAUCCUCUUCGACUCGGACGGCACCCUGAUCGACUCGACGCCCGCCGUCCGUGCAACCAUCUCGCGCUGGUGCGCCGCGCAAGGCGUCGACCCGCGCGCGUUCGCCGCCGCGCAGCACGGCACGCGCGCAAAGGACCUCCUGCGGCGGUUCGCGGCGCGGCCGAAGAGAGGGUGCGAGAUGAGCGAGGAGGAGCUCGAUGCGGCGGUCGAGGAGCUCGAGAGUGAGGUCGGGCGGACGGCGGCGGGGAUGGCGAGUGAGGGAGAGCGCGGGAUCGUGAUGCUUCCGGGCGUUGAGAGGAUGCUCGAGAAGCUCAGGGAGGGCAGGGCAAACUGGGGCGUCGUGACCUCGGCGACCCGCACUCACGCCUGCGCCGCACUCGAUGCCGCAGGCGUCACGUUGAGCUCUUUACCAGUCCCUGUCCUUGUCACGGGCGACCUUGUCAAGGAGGGCAAGCCGCACGCCGAACCGUACCUCGCAGGAAAGCUCCAGCCGUCGCUCGAGGCCAAGGGCGUUCUCGUCAUCGAGGACGCGCCCGCCGGGCUGCAGAGCGGCGACGCGGCAGGAUGUCGCGUCCUCGCCGUGUGCACCGGGCCCGUCGCCGCAGUCGACGUCGUGCAGGCUGCAGCGGACAUCGAGGGCGCCAUCGUCGCGCGGGACCUGAGCAGGUGCGCGGGCUCGUCUCGACUCUCUCGAGUGCGAGCCUCCUGA